AUGUCUUCCGGCGCCGACCGAUCAGAAAGUGUGUCAUUGAAUGAGAGUGAUAUGCAAUGUUUGAGUGGUUCGUCAACAACAAAUCAAGUCAAAACUCCACAACUUGGGAUGCUCUUCUCAUCAGAAAAUGAACUGCGUGAUUUUUACAAGUCCUAUGCACAAGGUGUUGGUUUUGGAAUUUGCAAACAAAGUUCAAAAAAAGGAAAUGAUGGCCAACAAAGGUAUUUUUGCUUUGGAUGCUCUAAACAACGUAAGUCUAUUAGUAAAGGAAAAAAUACUUUUUAUCCUAGACCUUCUAGCAGAACAAAUUGUAAAGCACGAAUUAACAUCAUGGUUAAAAAUGAUGGUUUAUUUGAAAUUACAAGUAUGCAACUUGAACACAAUCAUCCAUUAAGUCCAAGGAAGUCAAGACACUUUAGGUGUAAUAAAGUUUUAGAUUCCGAAACGAAAAGAAAAUUAGAGUUGAAUGAUCAAGCAGGAAUUACAUUGAGUAAGAGUUUUAAAUCAUUUGUUGUUGAAGCUGGUGGUUUUGAAAACUUGUCAUUUGAUGAGAGAAAGUGUCGAAAUUAUGUGAUUGAGGCACGUCGAUUGAGACUUGGGAAUGGUGAUGGAGAAGCCUUGAAUAAUUAUUUUUCUCGUAUGCAAAAUAGAAAUUCAAAUUUCUCUUACAUGAUUGAUGUAGAUGAUGAUAGUCGAAUAAGAAAUAUAUUUUGGGCUGAUGCAAGAUGUAAGGCUACGUAUGAGUAUUUUUCAGAUGUUAUUACGUUUGAUACUACUUAUUUAACUAAUGCAUAUGACAUGCCUUUUGCACCAUUUGUUGGAACAAAUCAUCAUGGUGAAUCUGUGUUGCUUGGAUGUGGUUUGAUUUCGAAAGAAGAUUCACAAACUUUUAUUUGGUUAUUUAAAUCAUGGCUGACAUGCAUGGGAGGUCGAGCUCCACAAGGUAUUAUUACUGAUCAAUGUAAAGCCAUGGAAAUUGCCAUUCUUGAAGUAUUUCCGAACACUCAUCAUCGUUUAUGUCUUUGGCAUAUCAUGAAAAAAAUUCCAUCCAAGUUUAGUAGUUAUGCUAAAUACAAGUUGAUAAAGAAAAAUUUGAAGAAUGUUGUGUACAAUUCAUUGACGUCUGACGAAUGCGAGACUAACUGGAACAAAUUCAUUGAAGAAUUCAAUUUGGGGGGUAAUGAUUGGUUGAAUUCUUUAUAUGAAAUCCGUCAUAAGUGGCUUCCAGCUUUUGUGAAAGAUAAAUUUUGGGCUGGGAUGUCAACGAGUCAAAGAAGUGAGAGUAUGAAUGCAUUUUUUGAUGGAUAUGUUCAUUCAAAAACAACGUUAAAACAAUUUGUUGAACAAUAUGACAGUGCCAUGAAAAGCAAGAUUGAAAAGGAAAAAGCUUCUGAUUUUAUGUCUUACAAUUCUUGUUUUCCGGUCAUUAGUGCUUAUUCAAUUGAGAAACAGUUUCAGAAUAUCUACACCAACAAAAUAUUCACGAUGGUUCAAAAUGAAAUUAGAGCUUUGAUGUAUUGUAACACCUCAUUAAUGAAACAAGAAGGGUCCACUACUGUGUUUGAAGUGGUGGAAACAGUAUUUGGGAAAGGAGGCGCAGAUGGAAAGGACAUUCCAUUUUUGGUGCACUAUAAUGAGUCACAGUGUGAGAUGAAGUGUCUGUGUCGCCUUUUUGAAUUUCGAGGAAUUGUGUGUAGACAUUUGAUUUAUGUUCUUUUCCGACUAAAAAUCUCUAUAGUUCCUGACAAAUAUAUUCUAAACAGAUGGAGGAAAGAUGUUAAUCGUGGUUAUCAGGAAAUCACCAAUAUUUAUGAUGACUCAUAUCAUAUUGAGGAAGAUAAACGAAGAAAAAAUAGACUUCAACCAUUGUGGAAUGAAGUCUCAGAUCUUGGGUCAAAAAAUGACGAAAAUUUAUUGAUUGUAGAGGAGAUGCUGAAAGAAACAAAACAGAGGUUAAUGGAUGUUAAUAAAAUCCAUUCUAUGGAGGGUGAUGAAAGUAGAAUUGCGAAGAGUUUGCACAGCCCAUUGAAAGUUAGGUCUCGUGGACGUCCACCGACGAAAAGAAAACAGUCCAAACUUGAACAAAUUGUAAGAAAUACGGUGGCCAAACGUCGGAAAAAGCAAGAAGUGAUAUCCGUUUUGAACCAUACAAUUGAGACAUUCGAUACUCAAUCCAGUCAAAAUGUUGUAAUAGAACCAGUUGUAUGUUCUACAAAUCAGAGUUGA